UUUUAACAACAAGGAAGAAGCCGUUUGCACCAAAGAACAUACAGCGGUUUUUUUUAUUUUUACAACGUUUAUAAUCAGUGAUUUAUGUUUAACGUUCUUUAUUCUUCUUUUAAGUUUUCCUUGUCUUGAAUGCAGUAUUACAUGUUAAUAGAUAAUUUGGUUGUUAUUAAAUGUUCGAAACCUGACUAGAUACUUUUAUCUGGCAACAAUUCCUGCAGAAACCACAACAAUGAGCGCGCUUAGAAAAAGAGGAAGCGUUCUUGUUGUCCUUUAUUACGUCGGGAGUUUUCACGUCCUUUUCGGAUACAAUGUAUCCAGAGAAGAGCAGCACGAUCUCAGCUUGAACAGGAAAUGGACCAUACAGAACUCAAAUGGGUCUCUGUCGCUUCCUGCAGAGGUACCGGGGUGUGUACACUCUGCUCUCCUGAAACAGGGCUUUAUCAAGGAUCUCUACUUCAGGUUCAAUGAUAUAGCAUACAGGUGGAUCGCUCUUGACAACUGGACAUACACGACUACAUUUUCUGCCUCAACAGAGCUAAGGGCUAAACAAAGAGUCCAGCUGGUGUUUGAAGGAGUGGACACUGUAGCAUCCAUUCUGAAUGGAGUUGUUGUGGGAAAGACAGACAACAUGUUCCGCAGAUAUGACUUCAGCGUAGGCCAGUUGUUGAGGGAGGGGGAGAACGUUGUGAAGGUGAGCCUCCUCUCCCCUGUCGUGUACACCUCAGAGAGGAGUCAGGCUCACUUCUCCUACAGCGUGCCCCCUGACUGUCCUCCACCCGUCCAGAAGGGAGAAUGUCACGUCAACUUUAUCAGAAAGGCUCAGAGUUCCUUCAGCUGGGACUGGGGACCGUCAUUCCCAACCCUGGGGCUGUGGAAGGGUGUUCAUCUGGAGGCCUUUGAUGUGCUGCGCCUAAUCCAUCUCUCUACUGUACCAGUCUAUAACUCCUCUCUGUCUCAGUGGGUGGUAACGGUGGAAGUGUUGGUUGAUGCUGUGGAGGAGACGAAAGUCCAGGUCAACCUCUCUCUGAUGGAGCUGUCGACGGAACAAACCUUCAUGGUGGUGUUUCCAUCUGGGCAGAGCAAGAACACCUUGAGCCUCCAUGUCAACACCAGUAACCAGGUGAAGCUGUGGUGGCCCAUUGGCCAUGGUGAGCAGCACUCCUAUCAUCUCAGUGUGAGAGGAACCAUGCUGGAGCGAACAGCCAUACUCAGGACAGACACACAGGUGUAUUUCCGUACAGUAGAGCUGGUCCAGGAGCCAAUCGCUGGUUCCCCUGGGCUGAGUUUCUACUUCCGGGUCAACAAGAAGCCCAUCUUCCUGAAGGGGUCAAACUGGAUCCCAGCUCACGCCCUUCAGGACCUGGUCAGCCCUGCUGAUGUGAGGAACCUUCUACAGUCAUCCGUAAGCGCUAAUAUGAACGCUCUCAGGGUCUGGGGGGGAGGAGUCUAUGAGCAGGACAUGUUCUACUCUCUCUGUGAUGAGAUGGGGAUCAUGAUCUGGCAGGACUUCAUGUUUGCCUGUGCCAUGUACCCCACUGAGCCUGACUUCAUAGAGACGGUUCAAGAGGAGGUUGUCCAACAGGUGAGGCGCUUAAAGUCCCACCCCUCGGUCAUCGUGUGGAGUGGGAACAACGAGAAUGAGGCGGCCCUGGCCACUAAUUGGUUCGGCAUCCCCGUUGCCCAGCAACCCCGGUACCAUAGAGACUAUGUGACUCUGUAUGUGGACAACAUCAGGGCUAUUGUUCAGAAGGAAGACGGUAGUCGCCCGUUCCUAGUCUCCAGUCCCACUAACGGAGUAGAGUCUCAGCAGGAGGGCUGGGUGGCCCACGACCCCUACGACCUACACUAUGGAGACACACACUACUAUAGCUACAGCCAUGACUGCUGGGACUGGACGGCCCUGCCCCGCACACGCUUCGCCUCCGAGUACGGCUUCCAGUCCUGGCCCUCCUUCUCCACCUUGCAGAAGGUGUCUGUGUCAGAAGACUGGAGUUAUGGGAGUAACUUCUCGUCUCACCGUCAGCACCACCAGACUGGCAACCUGCAGAUGCUGCAACAGGCUGGACUACACUACCAUCUCCCAGCCUCAGCAGAUCCACUGAAGAGAUACAAGGACACACUGUACAUCACACAGGUCAUGCAGUCCCAGUGUGUUAAGGUCCAGACAGAGUUCUACCGCCGCAGCCAGAGUGAGGUCAUCGAGGGCAAAGGUCACACCAUGGGAGCUCUCUACUGGCAACUCAAUGAUAUCUGGCAGGGCCCUUCCUGGUCCUCUAUAGAGUUUGGUGGGAAGUGGAAGAUGCUCCAUUACUUUGCCAAGGACUUCUUCUCCCCUGUGCUUCCGGUGGGCUUUGAGGACCAGGGUAGUCUGGUGGUCUAUGCUGUGUCUGACCUGAGCCACGACCUUCACCUCAGAACUGUGGUUUCAGUCCAUGAGUGGAGCAGUCUGGAUCCUGUGUGCACUGUGGCUUCCGGAUUGGUGCUCGUGGAAGGAGGAAGUGCUGAGGUCAUCCACAAACAGCCAAUCACAGCCCUGCUGGCGGGGUGUGGGAGCGGGAGCUGUACCCGCCUCACCUGUCUCCUGACCUUUCACCUUGAGGACGUCAACAGCCAGCAAGGUCCCAUUAACCACCUCUUCCUCAGCUCGCCCAAAAAUGCCCAGUGGAUGCUGAGACCCAACAUCACAGCCGAGGUGCAGCAGGACGAGAUGGGAGGAUACACCGUGACCCUGCAGUCCUCUGCCGUAGCAGCUUUCGUAUGGCUGGAUGUGGGGGACGUCCCAGGACGAUUCGGCACCAACGGAUUCCUCAUGGUCACCAGGAACAGAACAGUCACCUUUAACCCCUGGGGUCCCACCAGUACCCAGCAGCUAGCCCAGGCACUGACUGUUACGUCAUUGAGAGAUGUGUACUGACUAUCUUGCGUAUCAAAUGGUAUCCUAUACCCUACAUAGUGCACAACUUUAGACCAGAGCUCUAUGGGUUGUCCACUAUAUAGGGAAUAGGGUGCCAUUUUGGACGUACUUACUGAACCAGUACCCAGGAGUUAACCCAAAACCCUCUCCCUAACCUCUCUGAGAUGAGUACUGUGACCUUCUCCCUAACCUCUCUCUGAGAUGAGUAUACCUCCGGAAGUGAGGCUAAUUACUGAGGAUACCUGCAGACGUCAGGCUAAUUACUGAGGAUACCUCCAGACGUCAGGCUAAUUACUGUGGAUACCUGCAGACGUCAGGCUAAUUACUGAGGAUACCUCCAGACGUCAGGCUAAUUACUGAGGAUACCUCCAGACGUCAGGCUAAUUACUGAGGAUACCUCCAGACGUCAGGCUAAUUACUGAGGAUACCUCCAGACGUCAGGCUAAUUACUGAGGAUACCUCCAGACGUCAGGCUAAUUACUGAGGAUACCUCCAGACGUCAGGCUAAUUACUGAGGAUACCUCCAGACGUCAGGCUAAUUACUGAGGAUACCUCCAGACGUCAGGCUAAUUAAAUUUCAUGUGGUGCUCCUAAUUGUUUAAAGUAGGGAGCACCAGUGCUACCAAUGAUUAAUAAAAAAAAAAAAAUUAAAGCCCUUACUGAGACCCUCUCUGAGAUGAGUACUGAGACCCCCUCCCUAACCUCUCUCUGAGAUGAGUACUGAGACCCUCUCCCUAACCUCUCUGAGAUGAGUACUGAGACCCCCUCCCUAACCUCUCUGAGAUGAGUACUGAGACCUUCUCUCUGAGAUGAGUACUGAGACCCUCUCCCUAACCUCUCUCUGAGAUGAGUACUGAGACCCUCUCCUAACCUCUCUGAGAUGAGUACUGAGACCCCCUCCCUAACCUCUCUCUGAGAUGAGUACUGAGACCCCCUCCCUAACCUCUCUGAGAUGAGUACUGAGACCCCCUCCCUAACCUCUCUGAGAUGAGUACUGAGACCCCCUCCCUAACCUCUCUGAGAUGAGUACUGAGACCCCCUCCCUAACCUCUAUGAGAUGAGUACUGAGACCCUCUCCCUAACCUCUCUCUGAGAUGAGUACUGAGACCCUCUCCCUAACCUCUCUGAGAUGAGUACUGAGACCCUCUCCCUAACCUCUCUGAGAUGAGUACUGAGACCCCCUCCCUAACCUCUCUGAGAUGAGUACUGAGACCUUCUCUCUGAGAUGAGUACUGAGACCCUCUCCCUAACCUCUCUCUGAGAUGAGUACUGAGACCCUCUCCCUAACCUCUCUGAGAUGAGUACUGAGACCCCCUCCCUAACCUCUCUCUGAGAUGAGUACUGAGACCCCCUCCCUAACCUCUCUGAGAUGAGUACUGAGAC